AUGGCCCCAAACACCUGGACCGACCAGGCCGAGAAGGACCUGAUUUGGGCCUUCAUUAAGGCUUCCAAUGGCGGCAAGAUGCCCAAGGCCGACUGGAACCUCGUUCUUGAGAUGAUGACCGCCAUGGGCUACAGCUUUACUAUCAACGCUCUUAGCCAGCGCUGGUCCAAGACUAUCGUGAAGAACUACGGCCAACGCGUCAACAGCGUCGGUAACGCUACCACCUCGGCGUCGGCCGGCACUCUCACUACCCCCACCGCUUCCCGCAAGCGUGGAGCCCCCGCCUCUGGUACCCGGGCCUCUGGAGCUCGCGGUCGUAGAGGUGGCCAAGCCGCUCAUGAGAUGGCUGCUGACGCCGUUGCUGCUGAUGACGGCGAUGAUGACGCCGAGCGCGAGCUUGAGGAUGUCAAGCCUAAGGCGAAGCGUACCAAAACCUCCAACGAUGGUACGGUCGCUGGCCUCAAUGGUCAGCGAAUCGACCUUACCGAUGAUUCUCAGGACUUCCAGACCACCCAGAACCCUGUGGACAUGCCUGACUUCAACAUCUUUGAUGAAAUCAAGGUUGAGGGCGACAAUGGCUAUUUUGGCCGUGGCCGCGGCCGCGAUCGCAGCAUGACUGUUGCUCCCCCCAAUGCCUCCGCCGCUUACUUCAACGCGGCUGCCGACGACGUGGGCCCCUCUCAACAACGCGAGCUUGACGAUUCCAUCUAG